CUCACAAAGCUGCCGGUAGGCACAGCUCCGGAAUCUGGAGACCUGAGUGCCUCUGACUGACUAGCUUACAGUGAAGCCUUGGCAAAGUCGCUUUCUCUCUGGUUCUUAUUUUCUCAUCUGGAAAAUGAAGAGGUGGGAUCGCUGAGGCCUGUGCCCUGAGGCUGGGCAGCAGGCCUGAAAGCCGAUCUCCAAGAAGGCGUGGCUCCCUAAUGCUGGCAAAUAAAAGUCUGGAGAACCAGCAAGUCUGAAGACCAGCAGCCGGCUGCUCAAGGAGCCACUCAGCAAGCCACUCAGUUCCUGGGCCUUGGAAGUGAUGCCCAUGGCGUCCCCCCAAACCCUGCUCUUCUGCCUGCUGUUCCUGGUGAUCACUGAAGGCUGGGCUCAGCAGGCGGCCAUCCCAGGCUGCCACCUGCACCCCUUCAAUGUGACAGUGCGCAGUGACCGCCAAGGCACCUGCCAGGGCUCCCAUGUGGCACAGGCUUGUGUGGGCCACUGCGAAUCUAGCGCCUUCCCUUCCCGGUACUCGGUGCUGGUGGCCAGUGGCUAUCGACACAACGUCACCUCCAUCUCUCAAUGCUGCACCAUCAUUGGCCUGAGGAAGGUGAAGGUGCAGCUGCAGUGUGGGGGGGGCCGGAGGGAGGAGCUGGAGAUCUUCACGGCCAGAGCCUGCCAGUGUGACAUGUGUCGCCUCUCACGCUACUAGCCCACCCUGUCCCCACUUCCCUCCCCUUGGUCAGAGGGACGAGGUGGAGUACACCUGUAUAUCCUGAGCAUCACUGCGGACAGCAGCUUCAACCCCCUGAAAAGAGGGGAGUCUCUGCCUGCCUCUGCCACCUCCUUACCAGUGUUUCAUCAUUUCACUUCCCUCUUUGGCCAUAUCCCUUAAUAA